AUGGCCAGGAUCAAGAAGAAGGGACAGGCCGGAGCGGCCAAGAACUACGUUACCAGAAACCAGGCCAUUCGCAAGCUGCAGAUCAGCCUGCCUGAUUUCCGCAAGCUCUGCAUCUGGAAGGGAAUCUACCCUCGCGAGCCGCGCAGCAAGAAGAAGGUCUCCAAGUCCUCCACCGCCUCCACCACCUUCUACUACGCCAAGGACAUCCAGUACCUCCUGCACGAGCCGCUGCUCCAGAAGUUCCGCGACCAGAAGGCCCUCGAGAAGAAGAUCUCGCGCGCCCUCGGCCGUGGCGAUGUCGGCGAUGCGAAGAGGCUCGAGAAGAACGCCGCCCGCCCCGAGGAGACGGGCAAGCCGAGAUACACCCUCGACCACGUCAUCCGCGAGCGCUACCCUACCUUUGUCGACGCCAUUCGCGAUCUCGACGACUGCCUUUCCAUGCUCUUCCUGUUCGCCAACCUGCCUUCGUCCUCGUCCGUCCCGGCCAAGAUGAUUGCGCGCUGCGAGCGCCUGACGCUCGAGUUCCAGCACUACCUUAUCGUUUCGCAGGCCGUCACCAAGUCUUUCCUGUCGAUCAAGGGCAUCUACUACCAGGCGAACAUUCAGGGCGAGGAUGUCUUGUGGCUGGUUCCUUACAAGUUCAACCAAAGGGUUGUUGGCGACGUCGAUUUCCGCAUCAUGGGCACCUUCGUCGAGUUCUACAUGACCCUCCUGGGCUUCAUCAACUUCCGCCUGUACACCUCAAUCGGCCUCAAGUACCCUCCCAAGUUCGACAAGAACAUGGACGACAAGUCUGCGGAGCUCGGCGCCUUCACCAUUGAGGGCCAGAACCUCGCUGUCACCGAGCAGAAGCAGAUCGCCAACGGAGAGGAGCACCACGUCGACCCCAAGACGCAGGCUGCGGUGAACAAGGUUAUCAAGAAGCUCAAGGACACCGACGUCGACGACGAGAAGACGGAGGAGAAGGCCGAGUCUACCGAGGAGUCCACCGACGCCAUCGACAAGUUCGAGCCCGCUGCCCCCGGUGGCGACGUCCUCCCCCAGCCCGAGUACUCCAGCUCCGACCGUGGCAAGCUCUUCGCCAACUGCACCUUCUUCCUCUCCCGUGAGACCCCGAGACAACCUCUCGAGUUCCUCCUGCGCUCCUUCGGCUGCAAGCGCAUCGGCUGGGACGCCGUUCUCGGCGAGGGCGCCUUCACGACCAACGAGCGCGACCCCACCAUCACCCACCAGAUUGUCGACCGUCCCCAAAUCUACGCUGCGCAAAACGAGGGAGGCGACGGAGAAGACAACCAGACAGCCCAGAAGCUCGCGCCUAACCAGCGCAUCCCUGGCAGGAUAUACGUCCAGCCUCAAUGGGUCUGGGACAGCGUCAACGACGAGGAGCUGAAGCCCGCGGACCAGUACGCCCCCGGCGCGCAGCUGCCUCCCCAUCUCAGCCCCUUUGUCAGACAGGUCCAGGGCGCCUACGACCCCACCAUCCCUCUCGAGGAGCAGGAGCCCGAAGGCGAGGCCCUUGCCGAGAGCGAGGACGACGGCGAGAUGGACGUCGACGAGGAGGAUGCCGACAACGACAUGGACGUUGCCGGAUCCGAGGACGAGGAGGAGGAGGGCGACGAUGACGACGAGGCCGCCUCUGCGGACGAGGACGAGGAGCUGUCCGACGACGAGGAGGUGCAGCGCCAGAUCGAGCUCGAGGCCGAGCUCGCUGGCGGCAGCGUCAAGCGCAGGGAGACGAAGCCCAAGACCAAGAAGGAGGCGGCGCGCAAGGCGCACGCCAAGAAGGUGGCCGAGGAGGCCGAGGACAUUGAGCGCGCCAAGGGCAUGCUCAGCAAGAAGAAGAGGAAGCUGUUUGAGCAGAUGCAGUACACUAAUACCAAGAAGAGCGCCGAGGACGAGAAGCUGAGGUCCAAGAGGAGAAAGCUGGAGAAGCAGCUGAACAAGAAGGCGAAGGCGUAA